AAGCUUGUUUUAUGAAACAGGCCCCUGGAUCAUAUCAAAUCCUCAACAAUAAAAUCCAGGUAAUUGAGUAAUCCAAGUACAAAGAACGGACUCUUGGUGCUGUAUCUAUUUGCAUGUGUUUUCUUAAGUUGCAGCGCGUUGAUCUCUCUCGGCCACCGUAGGAAAUCCCUUUCAUUUCCAAAAAAAAAAAAAAAAUCCAACAAGCUGGAAGUGGAGCGCAGUCAUCAGAGCUUUCGGCCGCAGCGUUGAGUCUAAUGAGGAGAGAAAUUCAUGUUCAGUGAAGCUCCACAAACCCUGCAGAAUGAAACACACUGGAGAUACUGAAGAGCAAAUGGAGUUGAUUGAAGAAAACAAGGAGAAUGAAGAAUUGAGUGAAGUUGAGGAGAAAAAUCAUGCUAAAACUGAAGAAGAAACUUUGAGUUGCUCUCAAACCAACCAGCAAGAUUUAAAGAAAUCAGGAGCCAAGAAAUCUUUCACCUGCACUCAGUGUGGAAAGGGUUUCUCAAGCAAAUCUAAAUUGGAUGUUCACAUGAGAGUUCAUACUGGAGAGAAACCGUUCACGUGUGAUCAGUGCGGGAAGAGCUUCACUCAAUCAUCAAGCCUUAAGAUACACAUGAACAUCCACACUGGAGAGAAACCAAACAAGUGUUCACACUGUGACAAGAGAUUCAGUCGGUCAGGAGACCUAAAAACACACGAGAGGAUUCACACUGGAGAGAAACCGUACACAUGUGAUCAGUGCGGGAAGAGAUUCACAAUAAAAGGACACCUUACAGGGCAUAUGAGAGUUCAUACUGGAGAGAAACCGUACACAUGUGUUCAAUGUGGAAAGAGUUUCACACUAAAAGGACAUCUUACAGAGCAUAUGAGGAUCCACACUGGAGAGAAACUGUAUAUAUGUGAUCAAUGCGGGAAGAGUUUCACACGAAAAGGACACCUUACAGGGCAUAUGAGAGUUCAUACUAGAGAGAAACCAUUCACUUGUGAUCAAUGUGGGAAGAGUUUCACACAAUCAGCACACCUUAAGGAACAUAUGAACAUCCACACUAGAGAGAAACUACACGCAUGUGAUCAAUGCAACAAAAUAUUUCUGAGAGCUUCAGACCUGAGGAAACACCUGAGAGUUCAUACAAAGGAGAAGCCACAUUCGUGUCAUUUGUGUGGAAAGAGUUUUUCAUGUUUAGAAAAUGCAAAAAAACAUCAGAAAAUGCAUACUGGUGUGAGAGAUCAUGUGUGCUUUGAGUGUGGGAGGACUUUUACUUUAGCUGAACAUUUAAAACAGCACUGGAGAAUUCACACUGGAGACAAACCUUAUAAGUGUUCACACUGUAUCAAGAGAUUCAGUGCGUCAGGAGACCUAAAAACACACGAGAGGAUCCACACUGGAGAGCAACCGUAUCACUGCACUGCAUGUGGGAAGCGUUUCAAACGUUCAUCUGCUCUACACAGUCAUACAAAAAACAAGCACAGUAAGUAGAUCAUCUUCAGAUCCAGCACUUUCAGGGCUGAUGCUGCGUCCUCACCACAUGAGACACAAUAAUGCAUCAAGCAAUAAAAUAUCAUCUGGAUAAAUCUGUUGUAACCAGUCAUUACAAGCGACAUGGCAAAGAAACAUUAUCUAAAGUUUUCACAGUGAAUAAAGUUCAUCUUCAAAACCAGCAGAUUCAACUGUGUGAUUCAGAUCAACUCAAAGAUGGAGUUCCUCCCCAAAAAACAAUGUCAAAGUUUUAUUCUAGUAUAUUUUGUUUCAUGAUGUAAAUGAUAUCAUUGUGUUUUCUUACGAGUUUCAUAUUAUGUUCAAUUGUCUUAUUAUGCAUGUAUCACUUGUACCUUGAGAUUCAGAUCAACUCAAAAGCCCUAUUAUUCGGACACCUUGAAAUUGAAAUAACGUGAUAAUAGAUGAUGGAUUCAUGAGGCAGUGGAAGUUAAUUUGUAAUUUCUGUGAUGUGAAGCUCAAGUAUGAUGUGAUGUUUGGUUUAUACUGUAUGUUUGAAUUGAACUACUGACUUCAGUUACUGCUGUAUCUUUAUUCGGAGGUACCACACAUAUCUUUACAUUGUUCUUCGUUUUAUACCUUUCGUUUCAUUCCCAGUUUCACAGACUGAAUCUGUUAUUUUUUUUCCCCUCUUGAUUGUAUCUGUCAUCUGUCGACACAUCUUUCCUGCAGUGAUUGUGAUUAUUGUUGAGUUUGUGGCGUUUGCUGCUCCUACUGUGAUUCUUCUUCAGAUCAUCUGUGCGAGAAGAGCUGGUGAGCUUUUCAGCCGCACACAAUCCAGAAAAUUCCCCGACUGAGCCUGCUCUCUCCCAAGUGUUUUUUUUUUUCUUCUCUCCAAUUUUGUCACCGAUGGAGUUUAGGUUCCUUGCCGCUGUCACCUAUGUCUUGCUUAGUUGGGGACACUUCAUUUCUGGCAGUAUUGUUGACUUGAUUGCACAGACACUAUUUGAACUGAACUGAGCUGGACGAUGAUGAACUGACUUUAACUGGGAAACUGACUGUCCUCUAUUGUCCUCUGGCAUUAUCAGCACACGUUUUUUCCUGUUUAACACUGUAAAGCUACUUUGACACAGUCUGUAUUGUAUAAAGCGCUAUAUAAAUAAAGGUGACGUGGCGUGACAGUCUGAUGAUUCACAUUGAUCUAUAACAGUCUGCAAUCAUGAAAGCUUAGUAAAUGCUUUUGAGUUGAAUUAUUUUGCA